AUGAAAAUUUUCAUCGUAUCAUUUUUGAUAGCAGCUGUAGUGAUAGUCGAAUGUUCCCAUACAUUUAUGGGCACGAGUGUACAAAAGGAGUUAGUGUACCAACGUACAGUCAAAUACAGUUCGAAAAUGUUUCAAAAAAGAGUCGAAACUGUGAACAUCACAAUACCAUAUAAUCAACUGUACGGGCGUUACAUUCAGGGAGUGCUGGCUUACGACCUGACUAACUCCGAUGCCUCGGCCAACGUUACCGCGGGAGGAAUUGGUUCUUCAUUUGUUAACCUCCGCAUGAAGAGCGAUAAAGGAAAAGAUCUCAAAUAUGAUGUUUUUAUUUAUGCCUAA